ACAUAUAUAAAUAUAUGAUAUCUUUGAUAGUUUAAUCUAUUAAUGCAAGUAGUUAGUUAUAAAAUAUUUACAUUUUGAUUUCCAAUUUUUUAUGAUGAUUUUGACGAGCGGAUAUCUUUCAGAAAAUAAAGUUUGGAAAUUUGCAGAUUUACCAUUCUUGGGGAUAAUAUUCGCUCUAAUUGGAGCUCCUUUGAUUAAAAAAGUUGUACUAAACUUAUUGGUUAAGAAAAGAAGGAAAUCGAUGGUGGCAAAAGUUGUAUUGAUAACAGGUGCGAGUUCCGGAUUAGGUGAAGCCUUAUCUCAUACUUUUUAUAGAGCUGGUUGUAAAGUAAUUUUAGCUGCCAGACGUGAAUUAGAGUUGAAACGGGUUUACAAGGAUUUACUAGCUCUUAAAGUGGAAGGUCCAACAUGUGUUCCAGAUUUAGUGGUAUUAGAUUUAGAAGAUCUUAGUGGCAUACCUGAAAUUAUAAAUAAGGUUGUCGAAAGACAUAAUCGCAUUGACUUAUUAGUCAAUAAUGGUGGAAUCAGCGUCCGUGGGGACGUUCUGUCUACAAGUAUGGAAGUUUAUAACAAAAUAAUGACAACCAAUUUUUUAGGAUCUGUUGCAUUAACGAAAGCUGUUCUGCCAUCAAUGAUUCAAAACACUGAGGGGAGGAUCGUUUUUGUUAGCAGUGUUCAAGGAAAGUUUGCAUUGCCUUUUCGAUCUGCUUAUUGUGCAUCAAAACAUGCCAUACAAGCCUUCAGCGAUUCUCUACGGGCAGAAGUUGUUAAGUAUAACAUUAAAGUUACUUGUAUAAGUCCAGGAUAUAUAAAAACCUCUCUUUCAAAUAAUGCUCUAACCGGCGAUGGAAGUAAAUACGGACAAAUGGACGACAGUACAGCAAAUGGUACACAUCCUAGUGUUAUGGCCAAUUAUAUAUUUUUAUCUAUUUUAAAAGAUGAGAAAGAUGUUAUAUUUGCCCAAAAAACAGCCAAACUGGCUUACUGGUUGAAAUUUUUAUUCCCAACGGCAUAUUUUUGGAUUAUGCAGAAAAGAGCAAAUUGCAAAUAAAAUUAACUUUCAUAAGGAAAUGUUUAAAGAAAAGAUCAGUUGAAAAUAAAGGUACAAGGCAGUUAAUUCAGUUUUAUUAUAAUUCUUUAUGAGAAACUAUAGGAAUUGACUGUAAUAUGUUAGUGGUCUGAUGAUACUUUUGUAGAGAGUAGCCACGGCUGACAGAUUUUUUGUAUGUUAAAAGAGUAACCAUCAGUCUUUAAAUUUAUAAAAAAAAUCAAGAGUAUAAUUUUUACAACAGAAUUUUAUCUUAACAUGUUACUUUGCACAGUACAUAAAAAAAAUUGCUAUGAAAACAUAUUUGCUUUUUUUUGUUUAAGUCCAUUUAUUUAUGCGAAUAAUUUUAAAAAAUUUAUCAUCUUGUUGAUAUUAUAGGAAUUAUUAUAAGUUUAAUUGUAUGUGUGUAUACAAACUGUUAAUUAUAAGUUAUAACAAUGAAAGCUCAGUUAUAUUAAAAUAACCUACAUGUGUAUUUACAUA